AUGACUGAAGAGAAAUGGCAGCAACAGAUGGAACUUCCCCAAAUGAAAUCCAUUUGGAUCGACGAGGACGAAGAAAUGGAAAAACUUUAUGGAUUCCAGGUGAGACAACGGUUCAUGAAUGGGCCUAGCACGAAUUCCGAUGAGGACGCCGACGAAGACUUAGGGAUUGUUCUUGUCGAUAGUGAAGAGCUUGCUUUGGCAAACAAGAACAACAUCAAAUUGCCUCCCUUACCCAAUUAUAUGACGAUCAACCCUAAUAUAAACUCUAAUCAUAAGUUUUUGACCACCAAAAAAAAAAAUUUCUUGGGCAUGUUCAAGAAAAAGGAUUUGCUCUCAAUGAAACAUGGGUCUACCAAAUCCUCGAAACAAUCCAAUAUAUCUGCCCCAUUCGGCUUUCACCAUAUUUCGCAUGCUAAUGGCAAAAAGGAGGACAAUUCUUUUGGGCCGCAUCAUGAAGAAGAGGAACAAGACGAUGACGUAGAAUCAUUGGUCAAUUUCACUUCGUUGGAACCACAGCCUCGACCAGACUCAAAUGUCUCUUCCAAAUACUCUAACGUAGUGAUGAAUGAUUCCAGUAGGAUAGUGUCUUCUUCCACGAUAGCCACGACUAUGGACUCCCGUAAUGAUAGUAACGACGAUAAUAUCCCUAAUAACACUAAGAAAGUGAACUCACCAACAGAACUGGAAAUGACUUUGGAAGACCUGAAAAAUUACACAUUCCCUUCGGUUCUUGGGGACGGCAUGAGCGACAAGACUAAUGCUUCUUCGCCUUCUGAUUCAUCGUUCUCUAACAAAUUUAGACCGAGGCACUCAAGUGCGGUACACCCCCCCGAGUUGGAGAGUAAUACCGUAGUAGACCCGUCUCCAAACUCGCCUGGUAGCAGAAUAUCUGUGGAUGAUGUGCUGAAAUUUUAUUAUCAGUGUAGUGAAGCCAGUACCCCUCGAAAUACUUGA